UAGUUGUCAGCUCGACACUCGCAACGGGGCUUAAUCCGUUCACCCUCCAGCGAAUAGCAAUACUUUUUCGGCCUAUUACUCCAAAGUUCUUAUAUAGGCUAUCAUUCACCAAACGCUAACUCACCAUGUCGGACCAUGAAUAUGGAGGUAAUGAUGAUCUAUCGCUUCCUAAAGCAACGGUACAGAAGAUCGUUAGCGAGAUCCUGCCGCCAUCAACAGGAGUUUCGUUCUCUAAAGAAGCACGAGAUUUGCUCAUAGAAUGCUGUGUUGAGUUCAUCACUCUCGUAUCCUCUGAAGCGAACGAGAUAUCGGAGAAGGAGGCUAAGAAGACGAUUGCAUGCGAUCACAUCACCAAAGCACUAGACACUCUCGGGUUUGGAGACUAUGUUCCGGCUGUGCUAGAAGCAGCCGCUCAGCAUAAGGAAACGCAGAGGGUACGUGAGAAGAGAGGCAAUAAAUUUGAGGAUAGCGGCAUGACGAUGGAGGAGCUAUUUGAACUCCAACAGAAGGAAUUUGAAGAAGCCAAGAAAAAACAGAGCGGCGAGGUUUAAGAGCUUCUUAAGUUAAUUAGACUGGCUUAACUUCUGUUAUUAUAGAUACAGAAGUACAUCACCGUGAUCAUCAUUGAAUGGUCUUCCAUCUGUCCGGUGGAAAGCACACAUAGGAAGCCAGGCUCGGGAGCUGUGGCGACGAUCGUGUAUUGCAUUGGUUGGCGUUGGGUCGAAGAAAGAAGGGAUACCAGCAACGGCGUUAUUUAGUGGUAUUUUCAGACAACAGAUAUCAUGAAACUCUCAUCAUGCAUUGAAACUCAACUUCGCCUUAUACAC